AUAACCGCACGUCAAGCAUUCGCAGCAUGUGACAGAAAUCCACUUGUGUUUGUUUAUCUGCUAUUUUGGUUUCCUUUGGUGCUUCUUUAGGGGACCUGCAAGGUAAUUAGAGUGAGCGCAUGGUGACAUUGCUGAUGGUUUAUUUGCGCAAAUUAGAUUCAAGAAACGAAGCCAUCGAAGAUGAUUUAUUUGGUUAUUUGAUGCAACCAUAUUCUCAUGAAGUCUGUGAGUUCACAAACGCUCACCUACAAAUGAAGGUUUCCACUGCUAGAGUCUCUUCCGGGAGAGCUCACAAAGAAGUAUGAUGAUAAAUACUUUGGACCUCCAAUCAACCGAAUUGGUAUACGUAGCUGAAGGAAACGCUAACAUAGUUUUGAAAUUAACUAAACUUAAACAAGUUUUACGUUUACCAAAACUAGAAAAAUCAAAAGGAGGUGGAGAUCAUGAGCUUUUUUGUUAUUUACAUCGUAGUGUGAAAUACAUAAGUAUAUUAGCAGAUAUGUGUGGGCACGAAUUCAUUUUUCUACCACGAAUCGUUAAAAUACCAGAAGAUGAAGCAAAACGAAUAAAUGAGUUUAUUACGAACUUUCGGCCGGUCAAUAGGCUUGGGAAGGAAUUCAAUGGAAAGUAUGCUAUGCUUAUGCAAGACGCUACUGCAGGAUCCACUUCAGAGCCAAUUUAUUCCGUGGAAAUUAAACCUAAACAAGGCUGGAUUUUCGAUAAUACUAUAGAUCAUAUUUUUCGAUUGCAAGGCGUGAAGAGAUGCCGCUAUUGCUGCAUGCAGUAUUUGAAGAUGAAAAUGGAGAAAAUAUCAUCACGAAGCAAAUACUGUCCAAUGGAUUUAUUUUCGGGGAAUGUGAAUCGCAUGCGAAAGGCAAUUGAAGCGAUUCUAUACGAACCUCAAAAUAAUUUGAGAAUAUUUAAAAACUGGAAAUCUUGUAUAUGAACAUAGGGCUCGGGAUCAAGAUGCCUUGGAAUCAAUAUUUGGUGACAUUGGAAAGGAAGAAUUCUUCUAUUUCCUCGUGGCUUCGCUUCUUGGUUAUGAUACAAUUCAGGACGAUAAAAUAACAAAGAAUAUCGAUACGUCGUCAGAAUGCGAUCCCCAGUCAAAUCUGCCCCUCAAGAGCAUUCUGAAGAAAGUUUUGGAUUUACAGACCUUCGCAAAGCUGAAUUUACCAUAUAUGUCCCAAAUUGAAUUAAGCGACGCCAAGUCUUACAAUUCUUUGGAAAAACUGGUUUCAAAGAAGCUACCCAUACUUUUAGAAGACCUAAGUCAGGAAGAACUUUAUAUGAUCGGGUCGACUUUAAUGGAUGCUUCUAUAAUGAUCACAUUUCAUCGCCUAGCUGAAAGCCAAGAUUUGACUGAAGGAAGCGUUAAACUCAUCAAAGGUGAGCGUUAUUUUACGAGAAUCACAUUACUAGAUCUGGAUCCCAAGCCGGAUAACCACUUCAAGAAAUUCUUGAGGCAAACGAAUGACGCGUAUGCUGCAUUUCGCGAGAGUAACUCAUAGCACGAUUGACUUCCUAUAACCAUGUUGUUCACUUGGAUAAGUAGUAUAAUAAAAGCAACCAAAUAUUUAAA